AUGAAGUAUUCCAUUUCUCUGAUAAAUUCAAAGUGUAGAGUGACCUCUAAUAAUUCUUCCUCUAAAGAGAGAAUUCUGUUUAUCUUUUGUCAUAUUUCAGACGUAUUGUGUAAAAGUCGUGGGAGUAAAGUCAAAUCGGACGAUGGUAAGAUUGUUGGCGGGAAUGAAACUACCAUAGAACAGCAUCCCCAUAUGGCGUAUUUAUUGUUGUUUAACGGGACUGUCGACUUUCAAUGUGGUGGAUCCAUCGUCAAUAGGUUCCACAUUGUCACCGCUGCUCACUGUCUUACAGACAUAAUAAGAGUACGGAUACGGAUUGGCAGUACACGUUCUAAUAGUGGAGGAGAGAUGUAUGAAGCUACGUCAUGGUUCACACACCCAAUGUAUGAUAGUCAAACAAGCGACUACGACGUCGCCGUCGUCAGAGUUGCUUAUGGUAUGACUCUAAAUGGUGUCACUACGAAGGCAAUACGUAUGGUCAGUAGGGCAAGUGAUGUGGAAGACGGAGAAGAUGUCACCGUCACUGGAUGGGGCACUACUAGUGUGAGUAUCCAGGAAGGUGGUUCUACAUCUACAGAGUUAAUGGAGGUGACAAUACCCGCAGUUAACAGGACUGGUUGUAAUACACUCAUUGGCAAUGGCGAGAGCAUCACUUCAAGAAUGUUCUGUGCCGGUCUACCAGAAGGAGGAAAGGAUAGUUGUCAGGGUGAUUCUGGUGGUCCGGCGGUAGUGGACGGUCUGCUUGCCGGGGUGACUUCGUUCGGAUUUGGAUGUGCUCGUCCGAAUUCACCUGGAGUUUACACGAGGAUCGGACAAACAGUGAUCAGAAGCUUUAUCCGUUUGACAAGUGGAUCAUAAUUUAAUGACUUACAUUUUCACGAAGUUCUUUUUCAUGUUAUAGUAUGUUACUUUAUUUUUGGGCACAACUUGUAUUUACCGCUCUCACAAAUGUUGUUUAAUCACUUAUUUAAAGGAAAUAAAUUAUAUUGUUUGUUGUUAUUGUUAUAUUGAUAAAAAUAUAAUAAAGGCAAUGUGAAGAUUAAAAUGUGUUGUUUGACUGUUAUUUUUAAACCCGACGUAAAAAAGGGGU